AUGAGCAGCUUUCCAUGCCUCCAAAGCUCCCGCCGGGCUCUGUACCGAGUCUUUGUCGAGCGCGAAGCUCUUACACGCCAAUUCAUACCGGCACAACGAAUACUACCCGUAUACCAUAAUCGCCGAUUCUCCGUGUCACCGCUACAAUUGAAGGGAAAGGUUCGCCGAGGAAAAGCUGGUCAGGAUGAUUUCGAGACGGAACCAAGUGAUGAGGAAAACAAGACCUUUGAUCGACGUUACACUACCAAGGAGGAUUUCAUCAAGUCUGGUCGCGACCGUCUCCCUAUAGAUUUCGAAAUAACGGAUCCUAAAAUCAUGGUACUCGAUAACGGCGUCCUUGACGGACCACUCUUUACACGCAACGUCAUGAGCCGUAUCGACACUUCUACGGAUUCCCUCCGGAUGGCUACUCCCUACAUCCCCGCCGACCCGAAAAACAACAAGCCGGUGCAGUAUGCGCUAUGCAAGAUCGUCAACAAGAGGGAAGAGUACGAGAGACAGCGCGAGCUCCAGCAGCGCCGUCGUGUGUCCAAGCAGACUUCAUCAAAGAUGAAGGAGAUCGAGAUGAGCUGGGCAAUCGACGAAAACGAUCUCAAGAUCAAGACGAAGCAGCUGAUCGGAUUCCUCAGCAAGGGCUGGAAAGUGGAAGUCAUCAUGGGGUUCAAGAAGAAGGGGCAGAAGAGGAGGACUUCUGAAGACACAGCCGAAGAGGCUUACGUCAAGGUGCAGAAUCUCGUCAAGGAGCUUGGUACAAAAGAGUACAAGCCGAGAGAGGGAGAGGUUGGCCGCACUAUGAGGUUUUACCUUGAAGGAAUUGACAAGGAGUUGAAUACCGAGAGGCAAGCAGAGGCUGCCAAAGAACAACCUGCUACCACUACUGAAGUGGAGCAGGAGGAUAGUCCUGUGCAAAAGGAAGCAUAG